UCUGCAGAUAUCAUUUUCUGAUUUCUUCAAGAUGUUCCAUUGUUUUAAUUAAGAACAAUUGACCUAUACAGACAUAUGGUUUAGAAAAUGAUUAAAUUGACACAUUAACUAAUAAAUCACUAUAUAACCUGUUUUCCUAUCUAUACGUAAGAAAAAUACACUGAAUACGUUAUUUUUGUAUAAAUUACCAAGAACCAGACUAACUUUUUUGUUGUCUCGUUUUCAUUCCAAGAUGUCAGCCUCCAUGAACUGACUCGGGGAAGAUAAACCUGCAGCAAGACCAGAACUGAAAUAUCCUAUACAAUGUCUGGCAUUCAAAUAAUGAGGAACAAAGCAAUGAUGUCGAUGGUGUGUGCCAGAUGCUUCAACACAAUUACGAAGCGCUUUGCGAGUCGCCGUGCGGAACGACAGCAAAAGCGUGAGGCCAGAAUGCAAGAGGUGAUCCAAGAGAAAGGUGCACUGUCUGAAGCAGCUGAACGUGUGUACGUGUGGGGACAUGCUGCGACUGGAGCUCUUGGUGUGAGUACAUACCUAAGGCCAGAGUCUCGUGUUCAUUUCCCUCUGCCUGAGCAACAUAGACCAGCCCGGCUGCGAUUCAUGGACGAAAAUCACAUAGAGGUCUACGACAUCGCAUGCGGAUAUGGGUUCACCCUGUUUGCCACCAAGCGUAACAGACGGUACAUGGUGAUGGGCACUGGUCUCAACACAGAUUCACAGCUUGGCUACCAUGAGUACCCCAAAAACUCUGGUCGUGUGCUGGACUACAUCAUAGAACCAGUGCCUAUUUCAUUGCCGGGGAUGACUGAUGACAAGUUGAUGAACGUCAAACAGCUUGCGUGCGGCAGAGCUCAUAGCUUGUUCCUUACAAAGGAAGGGGUGUUUGCCCAGGGGAACAAUUCUUAUGGACAGUGCGGCAGAUCUAUUGUAGAGGGGGAGAUAUUCCAUAAAGUCUCAAAUAUACAGAAGAUUGAGGGUUUACCAGAUAACAUUUCAAAGAUGGUAUGCGGGGCGGACCACAGCCUGUUCCUCACAUCAGACGGCAAGGUGUACUCAUGCGGGCUUGGUGCAGACGGACAGACGGGUCUUCAGACUUACGAAAACGUUGGCCAGCCUGAAAGACUCAAAGGAGAUAUUGAUGGCGUAAAGAUCAGGGACAUCGCCUGCAGAGCUGACUGCGUGCUGGCCGUUUCGGAAGCUGGCGACGUCUUUGGGUGGGGAAAUUCCGAAUACAGCCAGUUGUCUAUGGUUACUUCGGAGACGCAGGUCAGCAUGCCGACUCAUCUGCCGGUGAGGAAUUGUGGGAAAGUGAUGCAAGUGGCAACGGGUGGAUCGAUAUGCGCUCUGUUAAAUGAGAAAGGCGAGGUAUAUGUUUGGGGCUACGGGGUACUAGGAAAGGGGCCCAAAGUGGACAUGCUGCAGUCUCCUAGCCUCCUGCCCCUGCCACUAUUUGGGGUCAACGAGCUGCAGCCAGAGGUCAAGGUCACAGAAGUCAAGUGUGGGAUGAGUCACUUUGCAGCUGUCACAGACCUAGGUGAUGUAUACACGUGGGGUAAAGGCAAAUACGGUGCCUUGGGGUUACAGAGGGUUACAGUGCAGUAUUUUCCAUUAAAGAUUGCUUUACCUGCCUUUACCCAUAGAGUAGAAUGUGGAGUGGACCACACAGUAGCGCUGAGUCGAUCAUAUGCAUAAAAUAAAGUGUGGUCUGGUGUGGGACUGAAAUUUGGAAAACAUCAUUUCAAACAGAGUGGACCAGAUUCAAUCGUUGGCAUAAAAUAAACUGCGGACUUGAGACCAUCAUUUCAAUGCCAUUGGACUAGAUUAGAUACAAUCAUAUGCUUUGAAUAAACUUCAAACAAGUGUGAGGCUGACAUUUUGUGAAAUAGUACUUUGAUGGGGGUGGACCAUACAAAAAGCCUCAAGUUGAUUGUAUGCAAAGAAUAAAAUGUGGUCUGGUGUGGUGCUGAAAUUUGAAAAAUAAUUUCCAUGGGAACAUGCCAUACAAAGACACUGACUAGAUCCUUUGUCUAGACUAAACUGUGAUCUGAUGUGGAACUGAAACAGCAUUUAUGUGAUCAUAUGCAUAGAAUAAGAGUAGGACAGAGGAUUGCAGUGCUGAUCGCCUGUGGAAAUGUUUAGUGUGGAGUGGACCCUCUUUUAGAUAGUUUAGCUGAUCACUUGCAUAGAUUGAUGGUGGAUACUGUAAAACCAUUAAAUUUCGUGUGGUACGAAUUUUCGUGGAUUUCGUUGGUCCACUGAACCACGAAUUUAAGUACCAACGUUUAUUUAUACAUUUUUAAUCCAAAAUCGGUCGUUUCUGAAUGUCAUUUCAGACAUUUUCUUGUGUUGUCAGUUAUCCGAGAUAUUUGUUUUUGUAAAAGUUACUUCAUUUCAGUAGGUCACAUUAUCAGUUUUUCUCUUUUUUUUUCAUCAUCUUAAAUGUACGCAAAUAAGAUUUAAAAGAGACAUAACGGUUUUCACACAUGUAUUUUGGGGACCUUAUUACUCAAGUGUUUCUACUAGGGGGCCGAUUGCGCUGAGAAGUGCAAAUAUGGUCAAAACAACAUCGAUGGCAAUUAGUGAGCUGGGACCCACAAGUGCGCCGCUUUAUCGCUCUUAUCGACAAUUAUCGGCAACACUUUCAUACUUCAGUGCACAUUAACCUCAAGUCUUGCUGUCAACACAGAUUAUGCUUCGUUAUUACUCUGGUUGUUUUCAUAAAAGUAUGAUUAUUAUGACGGUCAGUCUUCCCCGAAAAUUUGAAAUCCACGAAAUUACGUGUCAA